AAAAAAAAAAAAAAUUCAAAAUUUGAUCGAUUGGAGCGAGUAAUAAUUCUCAAGAUCAGCCCUCAACCAUACAUGCCAAGGCGGUGAACAUUAAUUCCUCCUGUCAGAACCCCUUUAUAUAUCAAGGCGGGGAACAGAACCUCUGAUCUGGAGGUGUUUUUUCUUUCUUUUUUUUUUGUCCCUGAAAAAGGAGAAACCUGAAUACAGUCUGAAAGAUAAAUAUGUUAGACUCCGCUGGUUGUGGUGGUGCUCACAUACUGAUCUUCCCUUACCCUGCGCAGGGACACAUGUUACCGCUACUAGAUUUUACGCAUCAACUCGCAGCUCGGGGCUUAACCAUCACCAUACUGGUGACACCCAAGAACGUCCCCAUACUAAGCCCUCUUCUUUCUAAAUACCCUUCCAUCCAAACCCUGGUCUUACCUCUUCCGCCUCAUCCCUCUAUACCCGCUGGCGUCGAGAACGUCAAGGACCUUCCAUUCACCUCCUUCACUGCUCUGUACUGCGCUUUGGGGAAGCUUUACGAUCCUAUUCUCCACUGGUUCCGGUCUCAACCCUCACCCCCCGUCGCAAUCAUCUCCGAUUUCUUUUUAGGGUGGACCCACCACCUUGCCUGCCAGCUCGGUAUCCCUCGCAUCGUCUUCUCUCCUUCCUCCGCUGCGGCCAUCUCGCUGAUGCAUUUGCUCUGGCGCGACCUUCCUACGAGAGAAAAUCCCAACGAUCCUAAUUUUCCCAUAACGUUCUCAAAAGCUCCGAAUUCCCCGACCUAUCCCUGGUGGCAGCUCAGUCCUAUCUUCCGCAGCUAUGUUCAGGGAGAGCCGGAGAUGGAUUUUAUAAGGGAUUCUAUUCUCGCCAACUUAGCGAGUUGGGGAAUAGUUUUCAACUCGUUUAAAGAUUUAGAUGGCGUGUAUCUGAUGAACUACGUGAGGGAGGAGUUGGGACCCCACCGCGUUUGGGCGGUGGGGCCCCUGCUCCCUCCUGAUGACAAUCCAUCGAUCGAGAGGGGUGGAUCCAACUCGGUUGCAGCCGGCGACGUGAUGAGUUGGCUGGAUAGAUUUGAGGAUCAUACCGUGGUUUACGUGUGCUUUGGGAGUCAAGUCGUGUUGAGUAAUGAGCAGAUGGAGGCACUGGCCGCUGCGCUGGAGGUAAGCGGGUGUCGGUUCGUGUGGUGUGUGAAGGAGGCCAGCGGCGGCAGCACGGCGUUCACGGGAGGAGCUUCCGGUGUUGUUCCGUCAGGGUUUGAGGAGCGUGUGGGGGGAAGGGGGUUGGUGAUUAGGGGGUGGGCGCCACAGGUGUUGAUACUGAGGCAUCGGGCUGUAGGCGCGUUCUUGACUCACUGCGGGUGGAACUCGGUGCUUGAGGCACUGGUUGCGGGUGUGCCGAUGCUUGCGUGGCCCAUGGGCGCCGAUCAAUUUAUUAACGCAAGGCUACUGGUGGAGGAAAAGGGGAUGGCUGUGAAGCUCUGCGAGGGUAGGCAGGUCACCCCAAAUUCUACGGAGUUGGCUAAAGCCAUUGCCGAGUCAGUGGGUGCUCAUGGGCCCAAGACCAAGAGUGUGAGAGUGAGAGCAAUGGAGACUCGUCAGGCAGCGCUACAUGCAAUCAAUCCAGGGGGUACUUCGUUCAAGGAUUUGGACCAGUUGGUAAAUGAUUUAAAUGGGUUAAAAUUGAGGGCAAAGUGACAAUCAAGAAAAAAUCGUGAUCGUGGGCCGGGCCGGCCAUAUUUUCAGGGUCUCCAUGUGAAACUUUCAGUUUACAACAAUGUUGUUCGGUAUUUGGAAUCGGAAGCUUUUAAAUGGUUACCGCUCACACUUAUUUAUUAUGUUUCCUUUCA